AGCGCGCGCGGGACGCGAAGGCGGCGGCGGCGGCGGCGGGAAGGAAGAUGCUGGAGGCGGCGGCGGCCGAGCCCGACCUCGAGCUGGACGCCGAGGACCUCGUGCACUUCUCGGUGGGCGACCUGCCGAGCCGCGGCUACGGCGUCAUGGGCGAGAUCCGGCGGCAGGGCAAGCUGUGCGACGUGACCCUCAAGGUGGGGGACCACAAGUUCAGCGCUCACCGCAUCGUGCUGGCCGCCUCCAUCCCCUACUUCCACGCCAUGUUCACCAACGACAUGAUGGAGUGCAAGCAGGACGAGAUCGUCAUGCAGGGCAUGGAUCCCAGUGCCCUGGAGGCUCUGAUCAACUUUGCCUACAACGGUCACCUGGCGAUAGACCAGCAGAACGUGCAGUCGCUGCUGAUGGGCGCCAGCUUCCUUCAGCUGCAGAACAUCAAGGACGCCUGCUGCACCUUCCUGCGCGAGAGGCUUCACCCCAAGAACUGCCUAGGGGUGCGCCAGUUUGCCGAAACCAUGAUGUGCGCCGUGCUCUACGACGCUGCCACCAGCUUCAUCCACCAGCACUUCGUGGAGGUGUCCAUGUCCGAGGAGUACCUGGCGCUGCCCUUCGAGGACGUCCUGGAGCUCGUGGCUAGGGACGAGCUCAACGUGAAGUCUGAGGAGCAGGUGUUUGAAGCUGCUCUGGCCUGGAUCCGCUACGACCGAGACCAGAGGGAGUCCUUCUUGCCCGAGCUCCUGUCCAAAAUCCGCCUGCCCCUCUGUCGCCCGCAGUUCCUCACGGACCGCGUGCAGCAGGACGACCUCGUGCGCUGCUGCCACAAGUGCAGGGACCUUGUGGACGAGGCGAAGGAUUAUCACCUGAUGCCGGAGCGGCGGCCGCACCUGCCGGCGUUCAAGACGCGCCCGCGCUGCUGCACGUCCAUCGCGGGGCUCAUCUACGCCGUCGGAGGCCUCAACUCGGCAGGCGACUCGCUGAACGUGGUGGAAGUGUUCGACCCCGUGGCCAACCGCUGGGAGAAGUGCCAGCCCAUGACGACGGCGCGGAGCCGCGUCGGCGUCGCCGUGCUCAACGGGCUCCUCUACGCCAUCGGCGGCUACGACGGGCAGCUGCGCCUCAGCACCGUGGAGGUCUACAACCCCGACACGGACACGUGGUCCAAGGUGGAGAGCAUGAACAGCAAGCGGAGCGCCAUGGGCACCGUGGUGCUGGACGGGCAGAUCUACGUGUGCGGCGGCUACGACGGGAACUCCUCCCUCAACUCCGUGGAGUCCUAUUGCCCGGAGACCAACAGGUGGACGGUGGUGACCCCCAUGAGCUCCAACCGCAGCGCUGCCGGCGUCACCGUCUUCGAGGGCCGCAUCUACGUGUCCGGGGGCCACGACGGCCUGCAGAUCUUCAGCAGUGUGGAGUACUACAACCAGCCGACGGGCACGUGGCACGCGGUGGGCAGCAUGGUGCACAAGCGGUGCCGGCACGGCGCCGCCGCGCUCGGCAGCCGCCUCUUCGCGUGCGGCGGCUACGACGGCUCGGCCUUCCUCAGCGCCACCGAGGGCUACAGCUCCGCGGCCGACCAGUGGUACCUGCUGGUGCCCAUGAACAGCCGCCGCAGCCGCGUGUCGCUCGUGGCCAGCGGCGGCCGCCUCUACGCCGUGGGCGGCUACGACGGACAGUCCAACCUGAGCUCCGUGGAGAUGUACGACCCCGAGAGCGAGCGCUGGACGUUCAUGGCUCCCAUGGUGUGCCACGAAGGCGGCGUCGGCGUGGGCUGCGUGCCGCUGCUCUCCGUGUGAGCCGCGCCGGGACGUGGGAUUGGCCCUCCUGGGGGUCGAGGGUACCUUCGGAGCCGCGAGCCCGGCUUCGGGAAGCGCCCGCGCCGUCGCCGGGAUCCGUUUGCAGGUGCUCACGUGUCCCUCACACACACAGGAACUCCACAGACACGAUCCCCGCCCUUGGCGUUUGCCCUGGGGGGGCUCCCGGACGAUCAAAGAACCCCCAAAUCCAGGGCCAACG